AUGAUCUUCCCUUCCUUGAUCGUACUUCCUCCUGAUUUUUCUUCAUUAUCAAUCACUUACACUGCGGUGAAUAAAGAAUUGAUAUUUAUUCUGAGACUACUAUAUUUACACUUCAAAAUGGACAGUGCUGCUAAUGCUGCAAUGAAUGCCAAAAUGGCUGCCAACAAUGCUGCUAACAGAGCUAUGCAUGGUGCUAUGGCUGCUAACAAAGCUGCCAACAGGGAGAUGUUCUCUGCAAUGCAAGGGGCUGGUCAAAGUAGUGGAGGUGGAGGUCUUGGUUCAAUUGGUGUUCCAGUUGCUGGUGCUGCCUUGGGGUUUAUGUUUCCUGGUAGUUCUUUAGUCUAUUAUGGGUGUAUGGCUGCUACUGCCUAUUCUUUUGCUGGUUGGUUUUUCUGA